CUUUUUUAAAAUCAAAGCCAUAAACCUGGACAGUUAAUCCAUACCUAUCAAUAUUAAGGUAUAAUUAUGUGACCUACAACUAUGUUUUCAUUUACUAAAAUUAGAUAUUUAGGUUAAUGUUAUACCCUACUUUUUUGAACGUCAAACAUAUUUAAACGUGUAUUUGUUUACUACAUAUGCAUUUCACCUAUAGAUAUAUAUUUGUGAACGGCAUAUACAUGUCAAAAGAACAGCCAUGUAUUAAUAAUAUACGAGAAAUAAAUCUACUGUAGGAUAAAUCUUAUUCGUGUUGUGUCAUCUUAAAAAGGUAAUUGAAUGAAUAUGGACACUGAUUUAGACAGGGUUACUUCAGCAUACUCCACUGAGAUAACUGACACAAGUGAUGAUCAAAAUAUGCAAAUGAAUUCAGACAAUGUGGAAAGAGAUGUUUUAGCGAUUACAAGAGGAAAGAGGUUGCAAGUGAUGUGCAAUUGUUCAAUUUUGAUGGUACUGGUUUCGAUAUUCGCGAUUGUUGUAGGAGUACUUGCAAUUCUGAAUUCCGAUGACAUUCUAUACAUACUAGGAGGAGGUGUUAUUGCCGGCGGAAUGUCACUAUUAUUGACAAUCUGUCCAUUUUGUAUGUGGAUAGAAGGGAGGAAAACAAAAACUGGGACCAAGAUGAGUGGACUGUUUAAAUGUAAUUUAAUUUGUUUGAUGGUCUGGUUCAGUUUCUGUGUUUGUGGUAUAUUGAUGGCCAUGGGAAUAUCUGGAAUAUGGGGAACGGUGACAUGUUUGCAAGAAAAACAGAAUCCUGGAAAAUCAUCUAUAAACUUAUGUAAAGAAGAAACUAGUAAAAAACUUACAUAUUCUGUGUUAACUCUUGUUUUGUCAGCUUUACUUUUGAUUCUGACGAUUGUGAUUAUGUGUUUAUUUUGUUGUAAUACAAAAGCUUUCGGUUAUAAGACGGUCCGCCAGAGACGUUAUGAGUACUAUAGAAACAAUGCUAGGGCUGAGAUAGAGCGGGAAAUGAUAGAAGAACGGACUAAUGAGAGCAGAGAUCAAGCAAGAGAACUAGACGGAUAUGAAAAUAAUAGAAAUAAUAGACAUGAUGAAAAUAGAAGGGAGAGACACGAUUAUUUUUCUGAAAAUGAAAGAGAACGUCCAAUACAACCAAGUGCUCCACCACAUGAAGACAACGCCAAUCAUGUAGAUAUAAGAACUCAAAGGAAUAGACGAUUACCUCAAAGAAAUGAACAAGAAAGAGAUCAUUUCGUAAGACAUUAUGAAGAUAAAAACAGUCCACGAAGAUCUCCCGAAGAUCGACAUAGUCCACGACGACCCAAUGACGGCAGAGAACGUCCGCGUAGACCGGAUGAUGACAGAUAUCGUCCACGACGACCUAAUGACGGCAGAGAGCGUCCGCGUAGACCGGAUGAUGAGAGACAUCGUCCACGACGACCUAAUGACGACAGAGAGCGUCCGCGUAGACCGGAUGAUGAGAGACAUCGUCCACGACGACCUGACGGUGAUAGAAGUCGUCCACGUAGACCAGACGAAGGUAGUUAUCGAACAACUGAGGAAGAGGAACACCGCUCUGGUAGAUCUUACGAUAACAGAUCUGGAGACGACCAUGUACAUGCAUCACGAUUUGUUAACCGAGAAAAUGAAAAUGAUAGCGAAUGCACUUUAGAGAAUCAGACUGAAGCACCCCCACCCUCGUACGAUGAAGUAGUCAACAAAUAUUUAAAGGCCGAUGAUGUGUAGACAAAUGUUUUAUACUUGACAUAAUAAAUAUUAAUUUAAUAUUUUCUUUAAGAAAAUGCACUUUACUCACGGCUGCUUGAAACAUUAAAACUGGUUAUAGUUUCUUUACAUCUUUCAAAAGCAGGAACUGGAUCGCAGGGUAACACCGUCUGAUAAGGUAGAUAAUCAUGUGCAGGCAGAAAUCGAUAUCAAUAACCUUAAAAAAAUAGGCAUCAAACUCAAGUAUUAUGUACUGGUUUGUAUAUCUAUCUAUACACGGUUUCAUCUGCAACGGAUGACCUCUAAUCCGGGAUCAUUCAAUAAAUCACAACAUUAGAAAGUCUGUUGAACAUGCGCUUUUAGUGGUGACUUAAAUAAUGUAUUUAGUUACUCUUCCUUGAUGAUCUCUAGUUUCAUACGUUGGACUUUCGUCCUUAGACAGACGUUGACAGAUAUUAUGAUUUACUCAGAAUUUGAUAUUGCUCUAAUUUGUUAUUAUUCAGUUAAACUUGUUUAAAAAAGUAGGUAUACAUCACUAACUUUUAUCUUUUGUAGCUCUGUGCCAUAUAUUUAUCAUUAAUUUUCGAAAAUGAAUGUAUCUUUAAUUAUAUUAUUAUUAUUAUUAUUAUUAUUAUUUGAGGUACAUGUUUAUUCAUUGUAACCAAAAUGUUUAGGAUAUUCAAUCUUUUAUCAUUCGAUAUAUCAAAAAAUAUCGCAAUAAAAAGAGGAGAAA